AUGGAAAAGAGGAAAUGGCCGUGGAAGAAGAAGUUGUCUGAAAGGAGUCCCGGGGAGAGCGAAAGCUCGGGAUCAUUUUCUUCGCACUCGGAGAGAUACUCUGAUGAACAGGAAGUAUUGAGAGAAGAACAGCCUCCGAAUGAUAAUAAUCCGCACUCGCCAGAAGUGACCUCAAAAGCUCCAUCAAUGGACGAUGAAGAAGUGAACGAAACUGUCAAGAGCCUAACACAGAAGCUAUCAGCAGCUCUUGUUAACAUUAGCACAAAAGAAGACUUAGUUAAGCAGCACGCUAAAGUUGCCGAAGAAGCUGUGGCCGGUUGGGAAAAAGCAGAAAAUGAAGUGGCGUCACUAAAGCAGCAGCUCGAGGCCGCAUUGCAGCAAAACGUGAACCUUGAGGCGCGUGCAAACCAUCUCGACGUGGCCCUCAAAGAAUGCGUACGCCAAUUGAGACAGUCAAAAGACGAGCACGAAAAAAGAAUUUCGAACGCCAUUCGUGAAAAAAGCACCGAGUGGGAGUCACAAAAGGCUGAGCUCGAGAGGCAAAUUUUCGAUCUCCAAGACAAAUCGGGCUCUCAAGAUCCUGAAACUCUCCUCAUUAUCGAGUCUCUAGAGAGAGAAAACACAUCCCUUGGACAAAAACUCGAGUCGUGCCUAAAGGAGUUAGAAAUCGUCACAAUCGAGAGGGAUUUGAGCACUCAAGCAGCCGAGUCGGCCAGCAAAUCGCAAUUAGAGAGCAUCAAAAAGAUCGCUAGGCUCGAGGCUGAGUGCAGGAAAAUCCAAUCGACCGUAGCUCGAAAAUCAACUCCUCUGAACAAUCACAAUCACAAAUCUUUUUUUUAUGCGGAGUCCCUAACCGACAGUUGCAAGAGUAGCAGCACAUCCGAACAAAACUGCUUGGAUUUCGAGCUGCUCAAGAACGAAAAACACUCGCCCAAGAAUUUAGCUGUAAAAAUCGAUAUGAUGGACGAUUUUCUCGAAAUGGAACGUCUCGCAUCCUUGCCUGGGCCCGAACAGAAAGACGAGCCCUUUUCGAAUGCGGAUUCUAUUUCUUUGAGGGACGAGCUCGACUCAAUGAGUAAACGUGUGGAGGAACUGGAAAACGAGCUAAAGAGGGUAGAAAUGGAAAAGUUGGAACUUCGGAAUGCUUUGGACGAGAGUUUGGAUUCUUUGAAAGGUGCAGAGAGUAAAUUGAAGGAAGUGGAAAAGGAGUUAAAGGCUGUGAAUGAGACGAAAGAGUUGCUCGAGUUUCAGCUCGUUGGUAUGGAAGUUGAAGCUAGGACACAUUCAGUUAAAGUUGGGUCGCUAAAAGCCAAGAUUGAAGGGGAAAAGAAAUUAUCGGGUGAACUGAGAGCCAAAUGUCGAGAAUUGGAGAAUGAACUAACCAGAAGAGUCGAAUUGAAUGUUGAACCAAAAGUAAAGCAGGAGGAUAUAGCUGUAGCUGCUGAUAAGCUUGCCAAGUGCCAAAAAACGAUUGCAUCUUUAGGAAAACAGCUAGAGUCUCUUGCAACAUUGGAGGAUUUCUUGAUCGACGCAUCAAACACACCCAAUGGAGGCAACGCAUAG